AUGGCGUCAUUCAUUACACUUCCGGAAGUGGAGAUUCCUGUGCCGAGAAUGUUGUUGUCCAUCUUGGAACUUGGGCAAGAAGCGGUUUCCACCAUGUCGGAAUGGUUCCAUCUGUCGCCGGAACUCUAUGAGCAUUUGAGAGCCAAUGCGCUGCUCCUGUUCGGUGUUUCCAUCAUUUUUUGGCCGCUCUUGCUCUCCUUGAUCACUACCUUUACUGUCAUGGGGACAUGGACCUUUUGGCUCUUUACGACUUCCGUCUUUGGGCUGCUCCAAUUGUUCUAUGUCAUCUAUCAAUUUAUCAUGAUUACACUCGACAUUAUGGGACUCUCGGUCCUCAAGACAUACACCAUGCUGCGCAAUCGCCUUCUCAACUAUGUCGGCAAGGCGGGGACCUUUGAUAAAUCCAGAAGUCGCCGAUUGGUCUGGAAAGAGCGCUUGGAACAGGCCACCAGCUACGAAGAUUUCCUCAAAAUUCAAAUCGAAUCUCAAGACCCACAGCACAAAAAGCCAGAACGCCGCAAGUCAGAUCCAGCCAUCAUGAUGAGAAGCAGCAGCUUUGGAAACAUGGAGGGCCUCGAUUCACCCAAGGGCAUGAGUCGAAACAAAUCCUACACGUCACUAAUGACGGCGGCAUCGGAGGAAGAACAACACAACAAUCUUCACAUUGAUCCAGAAGUUUGUGAAGAAUUGGGCGAAAUGUCUGCUGUCAUGCUCAUGACCACAAAACAGAGGCUCAAGGAAGCUCGACAAACAGCUGUCAAACACGAGGACGACUUUGAAGCAGCAUCCACUUUGAAGCAGUUACUCCAGGGAGUCGUCAAACGCAACCACUUAAACGUCGACCAGUUUCUCAUAAAGAAUGCACGGACCGUCGCUUAUUCGGGGCAGUAUGGACUCUCAGCUCAAUCCAGAAAGGUGGUUCACGCGUACUUUGAUGAAGUUGAAAAGGGCUUGGACUGGAUUGCUGAUGCACCCAUUCCCGAAGAACCCGCAUCACCCAAUAAUGCUAGCAUCAUGGAGGUCGACGAGUCCUCCGAAGGUGGUGGCAUGAUGGAGUUCUCCGUUACGAAAAUGAAACAACGCACUGCCGAACUGAACGAUCGUAUGAACCUUGUUCGAAAGAUCAAGGCCAAUGUCGGCCGAACUAGUCUCAUGCUCAGUGGAGGUGGAGCGCAAGCUAUGUAUCAUCUCGGUGUUGUCCGAGCUCUCAUCGAAGCAGAUGUCUACCAGGGAAUCAAGGUCAUCUCCGGAACUUCCGGGGGCAGCAUUACCGCAGCCAUGUGUGCACUCAAGACGCCUGAAGAACUUCACAGGGAUGUUUGUGUCCCAACAAUCAGCACAGACUACAUGCUUACCGGAGAACAAGCGGAAAAGAAUUUUCGGUGGUUCCCAACGCUUACUGACAUGGGAAAGUAUUGGCUCAAAACCAAACUCAUGGUGGACAGUGCGCUUUUUCGACGAACGUGCGAGUUCUAUUUCAAUGACACCACCUUUGAAGAAGCAUUUGAGCGGACUGGCAAACAUGUUUGCAUCACUGUGUCGGCAAGCAGAUCCAGCGAUGGAGCGCAGCGUCUUUUGCUGAAUCAUAUCUCGACACCACACGUGACCUUGGCAAGUGCUGUGGCGGCUAGCUGUGCAUUGCCUGGCGUCAUGGCUCCUGCCAAAUUGAUGGCCAAGAAUGGUUCUGGGGUUCUCCAGCCUUUUGAGGUGGACGGAAUGGAGUGGAUUGAUGGUUCCGUUCAGGCUGAUUUGCCCUUUCAGAGAAUUUCCACUCUCUUCAAUGUUUCCAAUUACAUUGUGUGCCAGACUAAUUUCCACAUUGUCCCGCUUCUGAACAAGGCGCAUCAUCCUGGGACACAAACUUUUUACUGGAGAAUGUUCCAGCUGUUGGAAUGGGACGUUCGGAAUCGCGCAUUGCAAUUGAGUCGUCUCGGCCUCUUUCCCAAAAUGUUUGGACAUGACGUUUCAAAGGUCUUCAAGCAGAGAUACCACGGAGACCUAACCCUUGUGCCGCGCUUCUCAGUUGCCCAGAGUUUUGGCUUAAAGACUCUUAGCAAUCCUACCGUUGAGGAUAUGGAAGAAUACCUGAAGUAUGGCCAGAUUGCGGCAUGGCCGUAUCUGAACGUUAUUCGCAACAUGCUGCGCUUUGAAAGGGCUCUGGAUGGCUGUUUGACACGACUUGAAGAGCGCUAUCGAGAUUUGCACCCAGACAUUGACUGGUCAGCACACGACGAGAUUGAAUCGAUUGCGUCCGCUUCAGGAUCAUUCCCGACAUCGUCCAUUACCCCUAGUCGCGUUAGGUUCGGAGGCCAUGUAGUGCAAGAGAGAAAAGCAGAGAAGCUGCGCACAAAGGUUAUCACCCUGGAGCAAGAGAAUCAGAAGCUCAAACAACAAUUGCAGCAAAUGGAGAAGCUUAUGGCGAUCAACGGUGCCAAAGCAUCAAUGGAGCGAGAGAAAGACGGAGAAGAGAAGAAGACCUUGGAUGAAGGAAAUGUCAACGAGCUUUCUGAAGGCGCUAUCUGGAAUCUGGUUCGGUCGAGCUAA